GUUCUUCAACCUCCCCUUUCGUCGUCCCCAAUAAUCUCAUUUGCGAUUUCAAUUGAAUCCAAGAUUUCCAUUGCAGAAUUCCUGCAAUCAAUUGCAUAUCUCCUCACUCCAAUCACUUCAAACAUAUCUCCAAAAUCAUCCAAUUCCAUAUAUAAUAAACCUGUACGUGAUCGCCAUAUUCCUAUCCAAAAAUUACGAUUCCCCUUAAAAAACCCUAACAAUCUUGCUGUCACUAAAUUCUUCCUGAAACCUAAAUUACGUUAUUAUCAUAAUCAUAAUCACCUUACGUCACAUAAUUAUUAAAAUUCCCCCCUAUUCUUGUAAUUGAAUUGGUGAAUGAAGUUUGGAGGCGUUGAUUGCAUUGAGAUUAUUGAAAACAGGAAAUUGAAAAUCUGGUUGAUCGAUUUGUUGAUGAGAUGGUCGAUAUUAUUGGACAGAAGGCAUAGGGAAUCAACAUUUGGGAUCCGGUUGGGACGGUGGUAACAGCGCCAUUCAAUGGCGCUGUUCAAACGUUUCUUCUAUCGUAAUCCGCCGGAUCGCCUCCUUGAGAUCAACGAUAGGGUUUUUGUCUUCGAUUGGUGCUACAAAAAUGAUGCACCAGAGGCAGAUGCAUACAAAUCCUACGUGGAUGGCAUGGUACCUCAGCUUCAAGUCUACUAUCCCGAGUGUUCUGCAAUGGUUGUUAAUUUCAAACAAGGCGGUGAUGGGAAGACCGCAAUUGCCGAUGCAGUAUCCACAUAUGAUAUGAAACUCACCGAAUACUCUUGGCAAUAUGACGGGUGUCCCUUGUUACCACUAGAAACUGUUGAUAACUUUUUGCAGUCUUGUGAUAGCUGGCUAUCGGUUUCAACUCAAAAAAACGUGCUCUUGCUGCAUUGUGAAAGAGGAGGCUUACCCAUUCUCGCCUUUAUGCUUGCUGGGCUUUUUUUAGUUAGAAAAAUUUAUAAUGGCGAGCAAAGAACACUUGAUUUGAUAUAUAAACAAUCUUCUCGUGACGCAGUUUAUAUUUUGUCACCCUUAAAUCCUCAACCGUCACAAAUAAGGUAUCUUCAAUAUGUGACAAAAAGAAAUUUAGGGAUUGACUGGCCACCUGAAGUAUCACCUUUGGCUUUGGAUUGUCUUAUACUUCGGGUCCUUCCGGUAAUUGAUGGAAAGGGUUGUCGCCCCAUCAUCCGUAUAUACGGUCAUGACUCGUUUUCAACAGAAUCCAAUAAAAGCUGUAAGCUUUUAUUUUCAACGUUAACCUCAAAGAACAAGAAACAUGCGCGCUAUUAUCGAAUGGACGAAUGCCAUCUGGCAAAAAUCGAUAUUCAUUUUCGUGUUCAAGGGGACGUUGUUCUUGAAUGCAUUCAUUUAGAUGAUGAUCUUGUAAAGGAGGAGAUGCUAUUCAGAGUAGUAUUCCAUACUGCUUUUAUCCGAGGGUAUGUAUUGAUGUUGGGUCGUGAUGAAGUUGACAGUGUCUGGGAUGCCCGGGAUCAGAUUCCAAAAGACUUUAAAGCGGAGGUACUUUUUGUGGACGCUGAUCCUCUACCAUCUAUUAUCACCACAGACCGAGCAUCGUCGUCUGACGGUAGUGAGACAAGUGGCUAUGGUUCAGCUGAUGAGUUCUUCGAGGUUGAGGAUAUAUUUAGUAAUCACGAUCAUGACAUAGAGUCUACAAAUUUAUUUGAAGACGAUAUUCCAGAUUUUGAAGUAGAACCACAUUCAUCACAAGAUCAUAUAUCAUAUGACGCAAAUAACAAUCGUCAUGUUAAGGAUGAUCCGAGUUUCCAGUUGGUUGAAAACGCUGACUUGAAUAACAAAAGUGUCAAAGACGUUGACUUGAAGAAUACAAUAGUCAAUGAAGUUGACCUAAAGAAUACAGUAGUCAAAGAUGUUAAUUUGAAGCCUGCAAUAGCGAACGACGUUGAUUUGAAGGAUAAGGUGGAUUCCCUUGAAGCGAAAUUUGAGAGUUUCGUACAUGAAUGGAUGAUGAAAAAGUUGAAAGAAGAUAUGGAAAAGGCGAAUAGUUUAAAAAAAGAAAGCCUAACAAGUGGAAGAAAGGAAAAACCAUAUGAUAUGUCACGGUGGACUCUUUUUGAUAAACGGUUAUAUAAGAAAUCAAGACAUUGGAGUGCACCACCACUAAUGAAGAAUUCUCAGUUAUUAGAGAAUAAAAAGGGAUCAAAGAAACGAGCUUCUUGUCCGCCAUCUUUAGAUUUGAAACGAGUGCCAAAAACUUAUGAUGCGGCUCUAAAGAAAUUUGGAAUUAAAUCUAUUAAGGUCCCUGCACCACCUCCACAACCACCACCAGUAGAGAAUAACAAGGUGGAAACACCAGCUCCACCUCCAGUUCUGCCUCCUGCGACCCAAUCACUUGGCGAUGUGUCUACAAUUAAAAAACCUGUACAAGAUGGUUUGGAAGUUCCACCUAUUCCAUCUGUGCCACAACAACAAAGUAAACAAGCUUCACCGCCACCUGCACCACCUGAAUCAAAAGCUCCUCAACCUGUGUGUAAACCUGCAUCUCCACCUCCACCUCCACCUCCAGUGCAUGUAGCCCCGUCUCCUUCUCUCCCACCUCCACCUCCACCACCACCACCGCCGCCGCCAGUGUAUGAAGCCCCUGCUCCAUCUAUAACACCCACACUUCCUAUGCAAGGUGCUCCAACUCCACCACCUCCUCCUCCUCCACCACCACCCCCACCAAUGCAUGAAUCCCCCCCUCCACCUACCCCACCCUCAAUCUCUAAGGCACCGCCUCCUCCACCUCCUCCCCCAUUGCCUGGCGGAGAGCCACCUCCACCUCCUCCAUCGAUUCCUGGACCACCACCUCCACCACCGAUGCCUGGAGCACCACCUCCACCGCCUCCGCCAAUGUAUGGACCACCUGCACCUCCCCCACCGCCUGGAGUUCCACCUCCACCACCGAUGCCUGGAGCACCACCUCCGCCGCCUCCACCGCCUGGAGGAGCACCUCCACCUCCCCCACUGCCUGGAGGAGCACCUCCACCUCCCCCACCGCCGGGAGGAGCACCUCCACCUCCCCCACCGCCGGGAGGAGCACCUCCACCUCCCCCACUGCCUGGAGGAGCACCUCCACCUCCCCCGCCGCCUGGAGGAGCACGAGGACCACCCGGACCUCCACCACCACCGGGAGCUCCCGGACCUCCACCACCACCUGGUGCACCUGGACCUCCAGGUGGUCCUCCACCUCCACCUGGUCGACUAGGUGGUGGCCCAGGUAGAGGGCGUGGACGUGGUGCCGCAGUGAAAAGAUCUAACUUAAAGCCAUUGCACUGGAACAAGGUAACCAGGGCUCUGCAAGGAAGCUUGUGGGAGGAACUGCAAAGACAAAGUCCGCCAGAUGUUGACGUAUCAGAACUUGAGACGCUUUUCUCCAACGCACCGCCGAAAAAAGCUGCUCCUAAAGCAGCAGAUAAAAAAGCUGCUAGUUCAAAACCGGAAAAAAUCCAAUUGAUUGAUCUGAGGAGGGCCAAUAACACGGAAAUCAUGCUUACAAAGGUUAAAAUGCCGCUGCCUGAAAUCGUGGAAGCAGCUUUAGCUAUGGAUGAGACACUUUUAGAUGUUGAUCAAGUAGAAAAUAUUCUCAAAUUUUGUCCUACAAAAGAAGAGAUGGAUCAACUCAAGAAUUUUAAAGGUGACAUAGAGAAAUUGGGCAAGUGUGAGCAUUUUUUUCUGGAGCUAAUGAAGGUGCCACGUAUGGAGACAAAACUAAAUAUAUUUUUGUUCAAAAUUCAAUUUAAUUCUCAGCUUGCAGAUUUUAAGAAGAGUUUAAACCUCGUACACUCUGCUUGUGACGAGGUCCGGAAGUCUGUCAAAUUGAAGGAAGUUAUGAAGAGAAUCUUAUAUUUAGGGAAUACAUUAAAUCAAGGAACUGCUAGAGGUUCGGCAGUUGGUUUCAAGCUGGAUAGUCUUUUGAAAUUGACAGAUACACGCGCAUCAAACAGCCGGAUGACCUUAAUGCAUUAUCUCUGCAAGCUUCUUGCUACGAAAUCACCAACUCUUUUAGAUUUCCCAGACGAUCUUGUUAGCCUCGAAGCUGCAACAAAGAUACAACUGAAAGCUUUAGCAGAAGAAAUGCUUUCUCUUAGCAGUGGACUGAAAAAAGUCCGGAAUGAACUAGAAGCAUGCGCAAAUGAUGGUCCUGUAUCCGCAGGUUUUCAUAAGACAUUGCAAGAGUUCAUCGGCUAUGCUGAGGCAGAAGUUACAAAUGUUACAAAUUUCUAUACCGUUGUGGGUAAAAGUGCUGAUGGGUUGGCCCUAUAUUUUGGUGAAGACCCUGCCCGUUGCCCUUUCGAACAAGCUACUCAAACCCUUUGCAACUUUGUGAGGCUAUUUCUAAAAUGCCAUGAGGAGAACCUUAAACAGGCUGAACUCGAAAGAAAGAAAGCCGAAAAGGAGGCUGAGAUGGAGAAAGCAAAAGCCGGAAAGUAAACAAACAACACUCAUAUUAUAUUAAAAAAAAUCCUUAAAUAUGGAUUUCUACGUGUUCUUCAUAAGAUCAUGCGAAAGUCAAACCUGUCUUGGUCAAUGAAGAAUUCACAAGCCUGCUGCCAACCAGACCAGGGACCCAAAUGUAAGUAAUGAUGAAAAAAGUCAAAUAGUCUGGUCAAUGAAGAUUUUAUGGGCUCUUCAUAAGAGGCUUGCAAAAAUCCUGCAAACAGCUGUAAAUACAUAUAUGCUGGGCACAGUGAAGAAGAUCUGUCCACCAUUGAAGAUUAUGUGAAGGAUUGUAAAUACAGUCUUCAUGAAACCAUGGAUGAUCAUUGGUGUCUGUGUUCUCGGAGAUCACACGGCCCCAUCUGGCCAUAAGUUCAGGAUUCAAAUGGCGGCUCGUGGGGUCGAGCCAGGACAGCAUAUUGCAUAACCAUGUACAGAUGUUUCUAACCCAACUAGCUUAGCCAUAUUCGUUUAUUCAUCAUUGUAUUAUACCACAGUUUGUUGUAUAUAAAACUAGGAAUAGAAUAGAAAAUAGAAUAUAGAGUAUAGAAUAUAGAAAAAUAGGCUAUGGAAUGUAAUUUUUGUUAACCAUGAGAUAUAGGCUGUAGAUUUUUUAGAUUCAAAAUGAGGAAUUUGUUAGUUUUCCAUUAUCAA